CUAAACGGGUCGCUGGUUUGUCUCUACAAACCACUAGCUCUGUCUGAAAAAAUGUCACUUCAAAUCGUUUAAGUUUGAGAAAAUUUCGUUAAUUUUUCGUUGUUUUUUUUUGUUGCAAACAAUUUAUUCUUUAAUUAAUAAUUUCACACAAUAAUUUUUUCAGUGUAUAUAUAUAUAAUAACUAUAAAAUCGUAACAUUAUUUUAUCAUUAUCGUAAUUUGUGUACCUUAAAUAUGUUAUAACGUUUCUUUUAAUCGUUAAAUAUUAUAAAAAAAAUUCUUUAAAAUCGUAAUCGUACGUAUAUAUGUAUGUGAGUGUUAAAAUCGUAUCACAAUUUUAUGUUUUAAAAUAAAAUUUGGACUGAGUCCUUGGAUUACAAUUAAUGACAUCAUCAUCGUUAAGCGUAUUUCUUUGAUUGUGUUACAUAACCUCAAAAUUUACUUUGGAUUAUUCUAAAAGAAAUAUGAGGCAAAAGUAAAAUGAAAAUGACCCAUAACUGCCAAUUUGGCACAAACGCGUAUUCAUACAACAAAUCUACAAUAAGAACUACUAACUUAAGUUCAAGCCCCGUAAAAGUGAGCACAAUGAUGGUGAUGAUGACGAUAAAGUUGAUGAUGACUACCGUGAUUUCAUUAUAAAUAAAUUAAAUGGAAUUAUGGAUACACCAAUGAACCGACAAUAGUCAGCAAAUCGCUAGAAAUAAUUAUUAAGCCUGUUCUGUAAUAAAAAUACAGAGAAAGACACAUAAAACUAGAUUAUAAACGACGGGAUAUACUACAAACUAACACAAUAACAAGCAACCACCACCCACCAAGUGUUAAAGGAUAUAAAAAGUAAAUUGAAAAAUACGAAAUAAAACCAAAGUUCCAUUUCAAUUUGUAAUUUGUUGAAAUCAAAUCAAACUUAAAAGCAACGUGUGAACAAAUGAAAAAAAAGUGUUAUUUUAAGUAUUAAAAUUAUCGUGUGAAACGUACGCCAAAGUUUUGUAGUUCAAAAUUUUCAAAUUUUAUGCGCUAAAAACGACCACCCGCAUUGAAUCCUUAUAAACAAAAACAUCAUCAACAACAACAACAACCAACCACAAAAGUACAAAAUCAUUUAAAGUCACAAAAAAAGAGUUUUUAACUUUUCCAACAACAUGAAGGGUUUAACGGCGUUUAAGGAAAAAGCCACAGGAGUUUUUAGUGGCAUUAAACCAAAUUUUGAGAAUUUCGAAAUCUCCAAAGGUUAUCAUGGCGGUGUGGGUGGCUAUGAAGAAAUGGAGGGUGCCGAACGGGAGGGUGAUGGACCAGGUGGCGGUAUACCAUACGAUGAUGAUAGACCUGAUUCGCCAGCAUCGUUUGAGGAAAUCGAAAGACCACCUUUGCGUAAAGUUGAUAAGUAUUGUAGGGCCCAGUGUCCAUGUAUGUCGGCACGUUAUACAAUUGCCACAAUGGCGUGUAUAGGAUUUAUGAUUGCCUUUGGUAUGCGUUGUAAUAUGUCGGCUGCCAAAUUGAAAGGAGAGCACAAUGGUACGGCUUUUAUGAAUUGGACAGUGGCCACAGAGAGUCAUGUUGAUUCAUCAUUUUUCUGGGGUUAUUUAGUAACACAAAUACCGGGUGGUUUUAUUGCAUCUAAAUUUCCAGCUAAUAAAAUCUUUGGUCUAUCGAUUGCCAGUUCAGCAACACUGCAUUUAUUUGUGCCAUUCGCCAUGACUCUGAUGGAGGGCGAUGUGGUGAUAUGUGUGCGUAUAUUGCAAGGAUUAUUCGAGGGUGUUACUUAUCCCGCUUGUCAUGGUAUCUGGCGUUUUUGGGCUCCACCUAUGGAACGUUCUCGUUUGGCCACAUUGGCCUUCAGUGGCUCUUAUGCUGGUGUUGUGGUGGGACUACCAUUAUCUGGCCUUCUAGCUGAUUCUGUAGGCUAUCAGGCUCCUUUCUAUGCCUAUGGUGUAUUUGGCAUAAUAUGGUACUGCUUUUGGUUAUGGCUUUGUUUUGAGAAUCCCCGCAAACAUCCUGCCAUUAGUAUACCCGAACUCAAAUAUAUUGAGAAAUCGCUGGGUGAGUCCUCCGUUCAGCCUUCGAUGCCUAACUUAAGGACUACUCCUUGGGCCGCUAUGAUUCGCUCUAUGCCCGUUUAUGCCAUUAUUGUGGCAAACUUUUGUCGUUCCUGGAAUUUCUAUCUAUUAGUAUUGUUCCAGUCCUCGUUUCUUAAGCAUAAAUUCCAUUUUAAAAUUGAAGAAGCCGGUUUUGUGGGGUCUUUGCCACAUUUAAUUAUGACCACCAUUGUACCGUUUGGUGGUAUGUUAGCCGAUCAUUUGCGUAAAAAUGGCAUAAUGUCUACGACGAAUGUAAGAAAACUAUUCAAUUGUGGCGGUUUUGGUAUGGAGGGUAUAUUUUUCCUUUUUGUGGCUCAUGCAGAUACAGCGACUGGUGCCAUGUUUGCUUUAACGUGUGGUGUUGCCUUUUCCGGUUUUGCCAUAUCCGGUUACAAUGUCAAUCAUUUAGAUAUAGCUCCUCGUUAUGCCAGUAUUCUAAUGGGUCUUUCCAAUGGUAUCGGUACUUUGGCCGGCAUUAUUGUUCCAUAUGCUCUGGAUGGUCUUAUACAGAAAGAUCCGGAAGGUUGUUGGACAACUGUUUUCACUUUGGCCGCUUGUGUUCAUUUAUGUGGUUGUACAUUCUAUGGUAUAUUUGCAUCGGGCGAGUUACAACCUUGGGCUGAACCACCCGCAGAGGAGAAACAAGUCUGGUCACCACCAAUAGGCGCUAUAACCGAAGAUCCUACUCUAGCGGCUGCAGCUGGCUUCAUAAAAGAAACAUCAUUUGGUGAAACACCACAAUAUACUGAACAAAGUCAAAUGCAACAACCAAAUGCCAUUAAUUAUGGUGCGACAGGUCACGUGGCCAAUAAUCCUUUUGCCAUGGCCGGAGUUGGUUCACUGGCAACAACAACCAUUAGUGAAGAAAGCAUGCAACCUGAUGCUAAUAUAACAGACAAUUAUCAAAGCUAUGACUAUGCCACACAACAACAACAGCAAUCAGCAAUGGCACCACAAAUGGGACAAAUGCCAACAUAUGAACAACAAUAUCCUCAAUAUCAGCAACAACAAUAGAAAAAUAAUAAAUAAUAAUGACGUCAACAGUAAUGAUAUUUAGGUAAGAGAGUUAAGGCAGAACAAUUUAGAAAAAAAGCAAGCAUUAUAAUAACAACAAUAAAAUCACGCGUCUAUAUAUACAUACAUAACUAUAUACAUAUAGAGAAAAAUAUUAUAAAGAAACAAACAAACUCAUACAUAACAUAAAAAAGCAAUCAAUAUUAAAAAUAUUAAAAAAAACUUAUAAUAAAUGAAACUACUAUUUAAUAAAAAAAGGGAAAUUAUUAUUUAUAGAAAAACUAAACAGAAUUAUAACAACAUUUAAACGAAACCAAAGUACGAAAAUUACAACAAAAAAUUAUAUCUAAAUAAAAAUAUAUAUUCUUUAAAAUCGUUGAAAAUAUCAUGCCAACUUGCAAACACUUCUUCAUACAUAUACAAAUAUACGUCAUACCUUCUUUAUGCAUAUUAUUUAUGAAUAAAUUUAAUCCUAUUAAUAUUUACUGUGAAAAAAAAUAAAUAAAUUUUAGGAAAAUUUAUUAAAAGUAAUAUUUUAAAAAACCAAAAACAAAGAAAUUACAUUAGUUAAAGGUUAAAUAAAGUUUUAAGUGGUUUAAGUUCUGGUUUUAUUCCAGUUCAGAUCUAGUUCAGUUCAAGUUCAGUUCUACUUCA